AUGGUUUCUUACUACCAAAUCGCCGGAAAGCAAGUUGGCUCCCACUACCUAGCAAUGGCUGUUCUUGGUUCUCUCGCUGGAGUCAUUACCUUGUCCACUCGUGGUGGAUCCACCGCAAAGCAACAAUCAACUCCACCAAUUAAUGCCAAAAGCCCAGAUGAGGAGAAAUACAUCAAGGACUUUAUGGCAAGCAUCGAGGGCGGGAAGAAUGGUUCUACCACGAAGGAUGCCGGAAGAUAA